AGGGGAAAGCCAAGAAGGUUCUUGAGGCGCUGUGAAAUCUUUACUUCCCAGCUUGAAACAGUAACGCCAUACAUGCUUUUCAAGAAUUCAUGCAACCGCAAAACUUCAAACAUGCGUGAUAGUCUGAUAGACCUACUGAUAUUGGUGUACAAAAGUCUUGCAGAUGCAUUUGUCUAUUUGAAUCUCCAGAGGGCCAACAACUAAAUUAGGAUGUAUUUGAAACCAUAUAUAAUUAUAUACUACCAUGCACUCAAAAGCAUCUCAGAGUUGCUGCAAGUGAUGGUGCCUAUGAGACAUACAAAGGUAGCUAGUCUAGUGAUAAAGGUAUACAUCUCAUUCGGUAAUUAUUUCUAUAGCCUAUGACUAAACUUCAUCUGAUGAUUCUCUAGGAAUUCUUUCAACCUGACAUGUGGAAUAACAAUUGAAACAUAAUUUUCGUAAAGAUAGUUAAAAAUAUAAUGAUGCAAUAUAUAACACAGUUAUUUUUAGUUUGAAUUUUCAAAUUUAAAAUCCACAUACCAGUUACCGCAAUAUAUAUCCCAUGAAUUUAGUGAUUUUGCAUUUAACUGAUAGUUCCUUAAUAUUUGGAUACUAGUUACAACUUACAAUUCAUUUUUUUCAUAUAAAUUCUUGUGAAGAACGUUAACUUUUUGUUAGAUCAUAUCGUUGGGUUUUUGUUGAGUUAAAAAAAUGGUGUCCUUCCCCAAUCUCAACUCUGAUGCUGGAUUGAAGAAGCUCGACGAGUAUCUUCUCACUCGUUAUUACAUUUCUAGGUUAAACUUAAUUUUCCCUUUAUUUUCACUGAGCACCAAAGAUGUUUCAAUUAAGUAGUGCACAAGCACAACACUAAUAGAUCAGAUUCUACUUAACCUUUACCUUUUGGAACAACCAGUACGUUGAAGAUUUAAUACGUUUAAGGUAUUUAGUUUCCCACUAUGUAUACUCUUACAGUUACAAGGCUACAAAAGAUGAUAUUACUGUCUACGGGGCUCUUCUAAAUCCUCCAACUUCACAGUAUGUGAAUGCAUCUCGUUGGUACAACCACAUGGAGAUCCUCUUGAGAAGAGGUAUCACAUGUAUCUCUUCUGAAGAGAGUUGUGUCACUAUUGAUGGAUCUUCUGCUAUUGAUUCUAAGGAUGGUUGGGAAGUUGUUGAUGAUGAUGAUCAAGAUAUUGACAUUAUUAAGGAGGAACCCGAAGAGAAAAAGAAAGCUACUUUGGAGGCGUCCACAAGGAAGGAAACUUGGCAGUCAGGGCUAAUGGUUAUCACACCGCGUAAUGAUGAGAUGGACAUGGAGAAGCUAAAGGAUGAUAUAAGAUCUAUUCAGAUGGAAGGAUUGAUUUGGGGACCAUCGAAACUUUUCUCUGUUGGUUAUGGAGUCAAGUUGUUGCGUAUCAUAUUCAUCAUAUAUGAUGAUGACCUUUUCUGUUUCGACACCCUUGUCGAGACGCAUAUAUAUAACUGUGGGCGUGUCAGGAGCGUUGAAUUUUCCGACUUCGAGUGUUGUCCUAAUGAUGAUGGUGACCUACUCGACGAGGAGACUGAAGAGGAAAUGAAAGCUGCCGGGAAAUCAGGGCUAAUGCUUGCCCGGUGUGGUGGUAAGAAGACCGACAUAAUUAAGAAGGAAGAAGAACGUUUAAGAUCCAUCCAGAUGGAAGGAGUGUCUUGGGGAACAACAAAGCUUUUCAACCUUGGCUAUGGACUUAUAUAUAAGCGGACCAUGUUCACCAUUAUUGACGACCGUGUGUCUCUUGACACCAUUCGCCGAAAAGGGUUGGGUGAAAUUCCCUUGAACAGAAUAUGAAAGUGUUUAAAAUACUUUUUCAAAUCCUUUGAAACUGCAAAUUUUUAUAUUGUGUGUUAAUGCCAAAGAUGUUUGUUUGGUAUUGAAUCUCAGCACAGAGCCGUCUUUUUGCAAUUCUGAGAAUCGAAUCUACCACCUCUUACUCCUCCACCUAGCACUUAACCAGUAGAACUAUAAGAGAAUUUUACCAAAAAUAGGGCCGAAAAAUUGAUAAGUAAA